AUGGCAGGAGCGACUGUGGACGGGCGGGGCGGCGGCGCCCGCGGCCGGCCCAUCGCUCUGGUGGGAGCCGUGGACUCCAGCGAGACAGGCUCCUCGUCAGACGCCGCCGGCCAGCGGGGACCCGCUGACCAGCCGGACUCUGCUGCUGCCGCUGCCGAGAAACAGAAACGGAUCAAAAUCUCCUUCGAUGGGCUUACUGACCGUACUUCCCCGCUCCUCGGCCGUCCAUUUCCCUCUGCGCUGCUCAGCCAGGGCCUAUUCGCCUGGCCGGAGUCGGUGGACAAGGCGGUCAACCUGCUCACGCUGCAGAGCAACUUCAUCAGCCGGCUGCCGGACGGUCUCUACCUGCCGGCACUGGUGCUGCUCGACCUCUACGAUAACCAGCUGGAGAGACUCGGCGGCCUCCGGCACCUCGAGACGCUGCGCGUCCUCGUCGUCGCCAGAAAUAGGCUGCGCAAGAUCGAGGGUCUGGAGCAGCUGGUGCACCUGGAGAUUCUGGACCUUCACAGUAACUACAUCACGCGCACCACCGGCCUGGAGACGCUCAGUCGGCUGCGCGUGCUGAACCUGGCCAACAACUGCGUGCGCACGGUGGGCGGCCUGGCCUCUCUGGGCAGCCUGCAGCAGCUGAACCUGCGCGGCAACUCACUGCGCCGGCUGGUCGGCCUCGAGCAGCUGCCGCGACUUGUCAAACUCAACCUGGCGCACAACGACAUACGCAGGUCGGUGAAAGAACCGGACAGCAGGCACGUGAUACAAAAAUACAAGACACAGAAAGACCCCGGGCACCGGAUAAAGACAAGGACACACAGACAGACCGACCCGGGGCAUGGGAAAAUGGCAGACGUCGAGUGUCUGGUGAACUGCCACCAGCUGGAGGAGCUCUCGCUGAACAGCGCACCAGUAGCCGCCCACCCCGGCUACCACCCGCUCCUCUACCGACUGAAGCGGCUCAAACUGCUCGACGGGAUGCACACAGAGCUGGAGAUCAAAGACGGCUGUCUGAUCGUCUCCGGAGACCGGGCACUCAGGCUGCUAGCCACCUGGGAGCCGCGGGACGCCGGUCAGGUGCGCUGUCUGGCCUUCAGCCGGCUCGAGUUUGACCAGCUGGCGCCGCUGCUGGUCACGCUGCGGGACCGGUUCCCGCAGGCGGCCGCGCUGCGGCUGGGCGCGGUGCGUCUCAGCACGCUGUCGCAGCUGAACGCCGUCAGCCGGCUGGGUGAGCUGCGUCAGCUGACGGUGGAGCCGGCCGGGAACCCGGUGACGCAGCAGCGCCUGUGGCGGCCGUACGCCGUCUACCGACUGCACCACCGCGGCCUGAGGCGGAUCAACGACACGGCCGUCAGCGGCGAGGAGGCGGCCGCGGCCGCCGCUCAGUUCGGACCGCUCGGCCGACUCGCCUUCUGCUGCCUGCCAGAGAGCCGGCUGGUCGAGAUCGCCGAGCGGCUCUGGUUCAGCGACGUCAAAACCAAAAACGGUGACACCAGGCCGACCGUGGAGCAGGUCCGCAGCCGGCUGGCCGACCCUCGUCUCCAGGGCGUCAUGGAGCGGGAGGCGCUGCUCUACAGCCCGCGGCGCACCGCCGGCCCGUGUUCGCCGCUGGAGGCCCCUCUGCGGGAGGCGCAGCGCUCGGUGGCGGCGCUGCGCACCUUCCACGGCCUGCUGCCCAGCCUGCUGCGCGAGCUGAGUGGCUCCGCGCACCAGCGGCGAGCCGGCUCGGCGGCGGCCGGCCACGAGACGCGCGCCCUGCUGGACCAGCUGGCCGCUUCCAUCGACGGUCCCAGCUCGUGA